AUGUUGCAAAACCAUCUAAGUCAGUGCAUUAUAACAGCUCGGACGAGAAGUCCUGAUGACUGCUUGGAAGUAUUAACAGAAGAAAGCGAUGAUAGUACGGAGGAUACAGUAUCUACAUCGGAUCAGAUGCAGUCCUUCCGAAGCAGUAAUGUAGCCUUAUUGGAAGGCGCUGCGGUUAAAUCGUCUCUUCAUGAUGAGCAAAAUAGGAAAUGGAAAUCUGUACAUUUCAAACUGUGA